GCUCUAUCUAUAUGUAAUAUAUCUAUGAUUUUAGUGCUUGUUGAGUCUGUUGAAAUUUGGUUAAAACGUGUACUCCGUGUUAAAUGUACAUUGAUAUUAUUUAUUGCUAUUAUUCAUUACUUAUGAGAGAACAUUAUAAAACAUCCAAAAAUGAAGACAGCGCUGGAUCCAAUAUAUGUACAGGAAUUUCUAUUUAAACAAUCAAAUAUAUCUCAAGUAUUUGAUUUGAAAACUCCCACAUAUAUUCCUAUCGCUUGUAAUCUUCUUGUGGCUGACAAAAAACGAGGAUUGCUUUAUAUAGGACAUGAUGAUAAAAUUACUAUCUUAAAACCAGCAGAGGAGAAUAAUGCAGAAUGGAAGAUAGAACUUCAAUUACCAAGCGUUAUAUCGAAAAUUGCAAUUAAUUGUGAUUGUAAUUAUAUUGCUGUAGCAGUAGCGCUGAAGCCUACAAUAUUGAUAUAUGAUGCCCAUUCUCUAGCUAGAAAUAGUCUUAACUUGUUACUUGAAAUAACAUCAUCAAACAAGCUAGAUAGUUAUGUGACUGAUAUAAGAUGGAACCCUACUGUAUCUACAAUGCUUUGCACUGUCACUAGUGAUUGUACUAUUGGCAGUUUCCAAUUAAGAAUAGAUGAAGAAAAUUCUGUAUCGAAAAUAUCUAUACUUUCCAAAAUGUCAAGCGAACCACAAGCUUUGUGCGCAGCCUGGAGUCCUAAAGGCAAACAAGUAGCAGUUGGUUGCAAAAAUGGAGAUAUUGUACAACUGAAACCAGAUACCUUGAAGAUUGCUAGAACCAUCGCAGGCCCCUCACCAUCUAUUGGAGAAGUGAUUAGUAUCUUGUGGAUCAGUAAUUAUCAAUUCUGUGCCGCAUAUGUGAAUAGUGAGCGUCACACAAAUGUUCUCAUCAUCGACGCACCAAAAGGGGAAGUAAAUGCGAUAUUUACAUGUUAUGAAGAUAUCACAUAUGGUUUUCCUGACGCCGAGGGAGAAGGAAGUAUUCUUCGUUAUUAUUUUGAACAUGUGCCGGAAUGGGGACUUAUCAUAGCAGGUAGUAGUACCAGUAGCGAGAUAGCUGUAUUAGGUACUACAGACGGAGGCGCAAAUUGGAUUCAAUGGCAAUUGGUUGACAGUGGUAGGGCUCAAUUGCCUCUAAUGAGAACCACGGAAAUUUAUCCUAUAGGCCUAGCUGUGGACAAAUCUCCAAUUAACAAAUUACCAUGGGGUACAGAUUCUAUGUUGCCACAUCCAGUUCCCAUUUUACAUAUUCUUGGAACAUCUGGGCAAUUGUGCAGCUUUCACAUGGUCAAUUUGAUACCGAACUGUCCUGCCAUCAAUAUACAUCCUACGGAGAUUAUCUCAGUACCAACACCAUCGCAACCUACUUCAUCCGCCGAAAUAUCAUUUACUAUGAACGCUGCGGUGACCAGUACACCACGUCCGAAGCAACCGGAGAUUGUGUCUGAACGAUCUAAGUCCGCUCCGAUGACGAAUAUAUUUGGCGAUUCUCUAAAAGCAGCGGGAUUCUUUCAACAACCUGUGGAACAGCCGGUGAUACAACCAAAGCCACAAGAAGAAAAAGCUGUGCCACUCGCGAUCACAAAGCCUCUUGUACCCAAAGAAAUACCAGUGCCGGAACCUACAAAGACAGAAAUCAAAUCAGUAGUGAUAGAUAAAGAAGCAAACUCACAGCAAAUGGUGGAACAGAAAGCUUCCAUAGACGAUAGCAUACGGAUGCGAGCUUAUUUGCAGGAGCAAGCAUUGUUCGAAAAAGAAUUACGAAAUAGAUUGGAGCCACAAGUAUGGGAAUGCGGUACGGACGAAGAAAAGAAACGUCUUGGAGAGACAUCCGCUGUCAUAGAACAAUUCUUAAGGGAUUUAAAAGAAACUACUAAUAGUUUAUCCAGUGAUAUUACCUACUUGAAAGCUCUAUUACUUCAAUCAUUCGCAUGGGUGGAAGAAACUAAAUCAAAGAAUGCAGCUACUGCUGAUAUCACUGGUAGAAAUUGUAAUGAUAACAGCAAAAUAGCGGAUCUGCAACGGUGUUAUUACUAUACACAGACACAGCUCAAUCAAGUUAGUAAAAUUUUAGAUUUGGAAUGGUCGGAGCAUAAAGCACACGAGAGAUCGAGAAUGAAAAUUCCUAGUUUGGAGUAUGUAUAUCAGAAUCUUUUGCUACAUAACAAGAUUAUUGCAAAAGAAAAAGAAAAACUCGAGCAAAUUUCACGACAAUGGAAGUCUCUUAAUCGCUCAUUGCUGUGCACAACUGGUGAUGUACCCAAUCUUAAUCGUUCGAUGGCGAAUCUGCAUUUAAGUGUGCACGAAAAAUUGCCGGCUAUUCGAAAAACCGACAUUAUUGACGCUCGCUGUAAAACUAUCGCCUCGAGGACUCUAAGUUUUACACAUGACAAGCAAAUUAAGUUAAAAGCAUUGCUCACCGAAUCCUCCCCGAGAAUUAUCAAGCCGAUGAAUCCGUCACCGAUUCAAGAUCGCUUAAAAGCGACACUGUCUUCUUUAGCGUCUCUCAGUCCUGCGGUCACUGAGGCUAAGACCAAGACCGAAUCAUCGAUUAUUAAACAAAGUACCGUCGCCAAGCAGCAGACAAUAGUCGAGAAACAGAUCAAGGCGCAAAGUCCUCUCGCUUCGUUAAACAGUAUCGUUGCGAGAAUCGGUUCAUCCGAUACAAACAAUAGUAUCGUUACCCAGAACAAAACUCAGCAAAAGCCGUUUCCUACAACUAUCUCUUUUUCUCCUGCAAUAUCUGUCAAACAACAACAAACAGACAAGAAGGCUAUUCUACCAGCAGCUUCCACAAUAUCUCAAUCCAAACCGAAACAGGAUCUUAAUGUUAACUUUCCGUCGUCUAUUACGUUUGGAACACCAGCAUUAAAAUCUCAAGAUAUCAUUUUUCAAAAAUCUCCACUUACAGAUGCAACUGUUAGAAGCAAUAAGGAAUCUAUGAUCAACAAUAGUAUCCCUAAAGCUCCGGAAUCCGCUUUAUCCUCCUCAUCGACCGGUAUCUUAAAGGAUGUAUUAUCAACGGAAUAUCCGUUAACAGAUACUGCUCAUAUAGGAAUUGUUCGUAAUCUUCCAUCACUCUCCGUAACACAAGCCGUGAAAACAGAUACUGUUGCUGCUGCUACAUUCAGUUUCGCUAUACCUAACGCAGUUCCAUCUGUUACGAAAAAUUCAUCCUCUGGAAUUGCGCUUGAUACGACAACCCUGUCCUUUGCUUAUCCGAAACCUACAUCCAAUACUACUGUGGAACCAUCCGUAACACCAAUUCAAGCACCAAUUCAAACACCGAUUGAUCUUUCGGCUCUGUCGUUGACUCUUCAACCGGCGAAUCAUUCAAGCAAUAACGUUGAUGGAAAAAUAAAUGCAAUCGCGACUUCCAUGAGUUUUGCUGCUCUUGCCCCUGCUAUAACAACACAAGUUUCCGCAAUGACUAAUGUUGUUACAACUAUCGGCGGACUUACUAUCAGCCUUGUAGAUCCGAGCAUCACUCAACGUAAAUCAAUGGAGAUGCCAUCCAUCAGCCCGGUUACCAUUGAGAAGAUUACCACGUCUGAAACAAAAACACUUAAUUUUGAGUCCAUAACUACUCAAAUUCCUCCAACUUCGUUAUCCACGACAACGAUAUUUGGUGGUCAAACUGUAAAAAAUACGACUACGGUUUCAGAAGUAACGACUACGACACUGCCUGCUACAACAACUUUUAGUGCAGUCGCUUUUCCAUCGAUUACACCUACAUUCGGAACAUCAACUUCGGCAACGACCGCAUCAGUAUUCAGUGGAUUCACAUCAAACACGUCUGCCGGUAUCACUUCUUCAGUAACAUCUGUAAGCAGUAGCACCCCGUCUCCUUUCCAGAGUUCCCUCAGUAAACCAACGGUUGGUGAAACUAUAGUCACUAGUAUACCAGCCACGAAUUACGGAAUUAGUAGUACCUCUGUGGGCACAAUCCCAUUCGGCAUUUCUACAGUAACGACGACAACGACAGCGGCAGGGACAGCGGCAGCAGCAGUUUCGAUUACGCCGGCAUUCAGUAAAAGCAGCCCUAUAGCAUCUCCGGUAUCGAACGCACAAUUCCCGAGCGUUCAGAUAUCUGCGUCAUCUGCGGUGAAUGUCUUCGCAAAGCCAAUAAUUAAUCCUGCAUCAACGCCAUUUGGUAAUACUGCGAGCUCUGUGUUUUCUAAUGUGCCCGCUUCAACAUCUUCAAAUACCUCUAUGUUCGGAGGCAACAGCAUGAAUUCAAUCUUUGGAUCAACUCCGUUAUCUCCUCCGAGCGGAAAUAUCUUUGGCGGUAAUGUGACAGGAUUCGGUGCAUCAACUCCAUCGGGAUCUAUAUUCGACCCCAGUACUCCGAAAUCUGGUAUAAUGUUCGGCGGAGCAACAAACACAUCUCCACCUACGUCUCCAUUUGGUAACGCAACGAGUAAUGCAUCUCCAAUAGUCGGUACUUCCGCCACGAAUACCAAUGUCUUCAGGUCUACGAUGCCUAACGCGUCUCCAAUACAGCAACCUGUACUUGGCGGUAGUCAACCCGCUUUCGGACAGACUUCUACUUUCGGCGCCAAACCGGUCUUUGGAUCGUCACCUAUCUUUGGAGCGUCGAAACCUGUCUUCGGAAGUAGUUUCGGCUCAGCCCCUGCGUUUGAAUCUCCUAGCAUAGGUUUUGGAAACCCACCAGCUAUACAAGGUGGUUCUACAAUGGAAAAUGUGCCGAAGUUAUUUGGAGAUGUAGCAGGCAGCAGUACAUUUGAAACUUUAGCUAAUCAAUCGGAUGGUCUCAGUUUUGGUAGCUUAGCUCAAAAGAAUCCAGAACCAGAGAAACCUACAUUCACUGCCGGCAGCUCGUUCUCUAGUUGGAGGUGAAUAAAGUACGGUUGCACGGCAAGCUUAUUUUAAAAAAUGUUAUAUAUCAUUCACACUGAAUAGAAGCCAAGAAUGAUAUAAUUACAAAUUGUGUGCAUAUUGUUUUAUAUUCAGAAAG